AUGCUGAUACGGUUAUUGCUAUUAUUAUGGCCUUCUCUCAUAACAGCAACUCAUCAAACAAGCUUUCCGCCGGAUUUAACGAGAGAUGAAGCUAGUAAAGCAGCUAGAUACUUGGUGAAAUCGACAAAGACAGGAGAACUGUCUACGAUUAUGGCUGAUACCGCACCCGUAGCAUCUGGAUUCCCAUACUCUUCUGUAGAGUAUUACGUAGAUGAUUGCACGUCAAGUGGUGACGUGCUCUUCUUUCUCGCCACGAUCUCAACACACGCCAAGAAUAUACGGGCCGGCUCGAAUGUCUCUUUGUCUAUACGGGACCUGUCUCAUAAGAGGGUCCGACCUAUGAGUAGAGCUCGGAUCUCCUUGUUUGGCGAGCUGUCCCGAGUUGACAAUGAUGCUGAGAUUGACCAAGCUAUGAAAUGCUUUCUUAAAGGACACCCUGAUGCAAAAUCGUGGUAUAUCGCUCAUGACUUUAAUGUCUUUGUCCUCCACGUUACCAACACCCAUUAUAUUGGAGGGUUUGGUGACAAGCACUUCAUUGGCUGGAUUAGUGGUGACUUGUACCAUAAUUCGUCCGCUCUAUCUGUUUCUCAUCUCGUCCAACAAAACACUCUGUAG